UUCUCCACCAUCAACGUCAAGAAGGGACUUCUUGGCAGAAUGACCACAAGUCUGGCUUCGUAUCGUCGCGCAAAGAACAAAAGUAAAUCGAAUAAUGACAUUUGUUCCAUCGCUAAUGACAUAAGUGGCAGUUCGGGUAGUGUUAACGAUCAUGGCACCAAUUUGCGCCGCAUUUCAAGCGAUGAUUUGUCGGAUUUAGCUGAAAUUAUGGAUGAUCCAAAUGACCUCGAUGAUGAUGACUUUGCUAAUGAUGCAAGUGGUCAUAAUAUAACUGGUGUUCGCAAGGAACAAAAUAAUCGUCGCAAUGUUGUUAGGUGA